AGACGCGCGCCGGUGCCCGAGGUGCCACUUCUUCCAGCUCCGAGGGGGCAGAAAUAAAACCCCACUAAACAAUUAGUACCCGGGCAGGGGCAGACAGAGCACCCCCACAGAGCACCCCCACCCACCAGCACCCCCCUCGGUGUCUGUGGGAGAAACAGCCGAUGCGCGGCGCGCAUGCAGCGGAGCCUCACUCAGGUGCAGACACGCUGCGAGGAUGCAGAAGUCCCCGGUGGAAGAUGCAAACUUCUUCUCCAGAUUCGUAUUUUGGUGGAUAACACCUUUACUGAGGAAGGGCUUCACAAAGAAGUUAAACCUAACGGACGUGUACAAGGUGCCGUCCUUCGACCUGGCGGACACCCUCUCGGAGAGACUUGAAAGAGAAUGGGACAGGGAGGUGGUGUCGACCAAGGGAAAGCCCAACCUGCUGAAAGCUCUGGCCCGGUGCUUCUUCCUCCCCUUUGCCUUCUUUGGUGUCCUCCUCUACCUCGGGGAGGCGUCCAAGGCGGUGCAACCUCAGCUUUCGGGUCGCAUCAUCGCCUCGUUCGACCCUUUCCACGCCCCGGAGCGAAGUCAGGGCUACUACUUGGCUCUGGGCCUCGGCCUCCUGUUCACGGCUCGCUUCAUCCUGUUGCAGCCCGCCCUCUUCGGCCUGCAUCACCUGGGCAUGCAGAUACGCAUCGCCCUCUUCAGCCUCAUAUACAAGAAGACCCUGAAGCUGUCCAGCCGAGUCCUGGAUAAGAUCAGCACGGGUCAGCUGGUCAGCCUGAUGUCUGCUCACCUCAACAAACUGGACGAGAGCCUGGGUCUGGCCCACUUCGUGUGGAUCACGCCUCUGCAGUGCAUUCUGUGCACGGGUCUGAUCUGGGAGCUGAUCGAGGUGAACGCCUUCUGCGCCCUGGCGGCCCUGACGCUGCUGGGCAUCGCCCAGGCCUGGCUGUCCCUGAAGAUGGGCCCUCACCGCGUGCAGCGAGCCGGGCUGAUCAGCCGCCGCCUGGCGCUCACCUCCGAGAUCGUGGAGAACAUCCAGUCUGUGAAGGCGUACGGCUGGGAGGAGGUGAUGGAGACCAUCAUCAAGAACAUCAGGCAGGACGAGAUGACGCUGACCAGGAAGAUCGGCUCCCUGCGGUAUUUCUACAGCGCCUCCUACUACUUCUCCGCCAUCCUGGUGAUCGUGUCGGCCAUCGUCCCGCACGCGCUCAGCCACGGCAUCAUCCUGCGGCGGAUCUUCACCACGGCGUCCUACUGCAUCGUGCUGCGCAUGACGGUCACGCGGCAGCUGCCCGGCUCCAUCCAGAUGUGGUACGACACGCUGGCGCUGGUCAAGAAGAUCGAGGACUUCCUGCUGAAGGAAGAGUACAGAGUGAUGGACUACAGCCUGACCACUGUCGGACUGGAGCUGGUCAACGUCUCUGCAUCCUGGGACGAGGGGAUCGGUCAGCUGUUCGAGAAGAUUAAGCAGGAGAACAAGGCCAACGGACACAUGAAUGGCGACAACAGACUCUUCUUCACCAACCUGUACGUCACACCCGUCCUGAAAAACAUCAGCCUGGACCUGGAGGAAGGCAAGAUGCUGGCAGUGGCCGGAUCCACAGGCUCGGGGAAGAGUUCCCUGCUCAUGAUGAUCCUGGGAGAGCUGAUGCCGACGGAGGGGAAGAUCCGACACAGCGGGCGGAUCUCGUACUCGCCGCAGACGUCGUGGAUCAUGCCGGGCACCAUCCGCGACAACAUCCUGUUCGGCCUGACCUACGACGAGUACCGCUACACGUCCAUCAUCAAGGCCUGCCAGCUGGAGGAGGACUUUGCACUGCUACCUGAGAAAGACAAGACGCCCCUCGGUGAAGGAGGGGUGACCCUCAGCGGCGGUCAGAGAGCACGCAUCUGCCUUGCCAGAGCCGUGUACAAGGAUGCGGACCUCUACCUGCUCGACGCUCCCUUCACCCACCUGGACAUUGCCACAGAGAAAGAAGUCUUUGAGAAAUGCGUCUGUAAACUUAUGGGCUCCAAGACUCGCGUCGUGGUCACCAGUAAGAUGGAGCACCUCAAGCGGUCGGACAAAAUCCUCCUGCUGCACAACGGAGACUGUUACUUUUUCGGGACGUUCUCGGAGCUGCAGGCGCAGCGGCCGGACUUCAGCUCGCUGCUGCUCGGCCUCGAAGCUUACGACAACAUAAGUGCAGAGCGACGCAACUCUGUUCUCACGGAAACUCUCCGCAGGGUCUCGGUUGACGAAACCGCCGGUUUCCGAGGCCCCGAGCCAAUUCGCCAGUCGUUCCGCCACGCGCCGGCUCCAAGCCACGCCGACGGAUACCCCGAAAAACGCAAACAGUCGCUCAUCAUGAACCCCAUCACAGCUGCCCGCAAAUUCUCCUUCAUUGGCAACUCCCAGCAGACGAGUGCGUUCCCGUCCACGGCGAUGGAGGACGGCGCUCAUGAACUGUCGGACAGAAGGUUCUCCGUGGUGCCCGAGGAUGAUCAGGUGGAGGAGGUGCUUCCGAGGGGAAACCUGUACCACCACGGGUUGCAGCAUCUCGGUGGGCAGCGGCGGCAGUCCGUCCUGGCGUUCAUCACCAACGCUCAGGGUCAGGAGCGCCGGGAGCAGAUGCAGUCGUCCUUCAGGAGAAAGCUGUCCAUCACACCGCAGUACAACCUGGCAUCUGAGCUGGACAUCUACGCCCGACGGCUGUCCAAGGACAGUGUUUUUGACAUCAGUGAGGAAGUGGACGAAGAAGACAUGGAGGAAUGCUUCGCAGAUGAACGCGAGGUCUUCGAAACUACCAAGUGGAGCACUUACCUCCGCUACGUUUCCACCAAUAAAAGUUUAAUCUACGUCCUAAUUUUCAUCGGGAUUGUCUUUGCCAUUGAGGUUGCUGGUUCAGUCAUUGGUAUUUUCCUCAUCACCGAUGAGAUCUGGAGAGACGGAGCCAACCCUAAUUCACCCAACUACAUUGACGAGCAGCACCCCAACGCCUCGUCACCCCCCGUCCACCUCGCAGUCAUCGUCACUCCAACCAGCGUUUACUACAUCAUCUACAUCUUCGUGGCCCAUUCAGACAGCAUACUGGCCUUGGGGGUGUUCAGGGGUCUGCCACUAGUCCACACGUUGCUGACUGUGUCCAAACGACUGCAUGAGCAGAUGCUUAGCGCUGUGCUACGAGCCCCCAUGUCCGUGCUCAGCACCAUGAAAACAGGCCGAAUAAUGAACAGAUUCACCAAGGACAUGGCCAUCAUAGAUGACAUGCUGCCUCUUGUGCUUUUUGACCUCAUACAGCUGACAUUACUCGUCAUCGGUUGCAUCUUCACCGUGUCCAUCAUGCGGCCGUACAUCUUCAUCGCUGCAAUCCCGCUGGCCGUUAUCUUCGUCGUCCUCAGGAAAUACUUCUUACGGACUGGACAGCAGCUCAAACAACUAGAGGCUGAAGCUCGGAGCCCCAUCUUCUCGCACCUCAUCAUCUCACUCAAGGGCCUAUGGACAAUUCGGGCGUUUGGACGGCAGACGUACUUUGAAACCCUCUUCCACAAGGCCCUGAACACCCACACGGCCACGUGGUUUCACUACCUGUCCACGCUGAGGUGGUUCCUCUUCCGCUGCGACGUGCUCUUUACCCUUUUCUUCACUGUUGCCGCCUUCAUCGCCGUGGGAACCAACCAGGACAGACCAGGGGAGAUUGGCAUCAUUGUUGCUCUGGCCAUGCUCAUUCUGGGGACUUUCCAGUUGACGAUCAUCACCAGCAUCAAUGUGGACGGACUGAUGCGCUCAGUGGACAGAGUUUUCAAAUUCAUCGACCUGCCGUCAGAAGAGACGCUGUUCGCAAAACCGGGAGGUAAAGGAGGCCCCGAUCUAGUCAUCAACAACCCUCACGCGCAGGACUACUGGCCCAACCGCGGCCACAUGGACGUCGAGGGACUCACCGUCAAAUACACCGAAGCUGGCCGCGCCGUCCUCAAGGACAUCUCCUUCACCGUGGAGGGUGGACAGAGCGUGGGCCUGCUUGGUCGGACCGGCUCGGGAAAGAGCACCCUGCUGUCGGCUCUGCUGCGCCUCGCCUCCACCGACGGACAGAUGUCCAUCGAUGGCGUCUCUUCCAGCUCCGUCUCCGUGCAAACGUGGAGAAAGGCCUUCGGAGUCGUGCCACAGAAAAUAUUCAUCCUGACCGGGACGUUCCGGAUGAACCUGGACCCGUACGGCCGGUACAGCGAUGAGGAGCUGUGGCGGGUGGCCGACGAGGUCGGCCUGAAGUCGGUCAUCGAGCAGUUUCCAGACAAGCUGGACUUCCAGCUGGAGGACGGCGGCAGCGUGCUGAGCAACGGACACAAGCAGCUGAUGUGCCUGGCCCGGUCCAUCCUCAGCAAGGCCCGCAUCCUGCUGCUGGACGAGCCGUCCGCCUACCUCGACCCCAUAACCCUCGUGGUCCUGAGGAAGACCCUGAAGCAGUCGUUCUCCAGCUGCACCGUCAUCCUCUCCGAGCACCGGGUGGAGCCGCUGCUGGAGUGUCAGUCGUUCCUGAUGAUCGAGAACAGCUCCAUCACCAGCUACGACUCCAUCCAGAAGCUCAUGAAUGAGAUGAGUCACCUGAAGCAGGCCAUGAGCCCGGCCGACCGGCGCCACCUCUUCCCGGCGCUGCACCGCCUCAACUCCACCAAGAGGCCGCCGCCGCAGGCCACCAAGAUCUCCUCGCUGCCCGAGGAGGCCGAGGACGAGGUCCAGGACACCCGGCUCUGAGCCGCACCUUCACGGACCAGCACAAGCGCUUGGUUCUGACCGUCAUGGGUCUCUGCUCAGAACGACCCGAGACGGCAUCUCGGUCGCUGUUAUCUUAGUCACUUUUAGACGUUUGUACUGAUUAAUUAAAAACUGCUGGAGCAAAGGAAACAGAAAUCCCCGUCAAAACCCUCCCUCACACUCGUUUAAGAAUAUCUCACCUGAGCAGUUGUUCAUAAAAACAUUUUUUUAAACACUUACAACCCUGUAACAAUAGAAACACAUGCAGUUGUACGGAAAACAUGAUGUGACUUCCUUAAUGAGGCACUUAUUUAUUGACAGGAAUCCACACGGAAACACCGGCGGCAAAGGAAUGAUGCAUCAUCUGUCUGCAUUCAGGCCUCUAGGGAUCCGUUUUAGCACCAAAUAUCAGACCUAAGUGUCUAAAAACCAAACUCACGGGCUUCCAACACGGUACGAAACAGUUUCACGCUGCAGGAAGAAGCGGUGGAGAAGCAGCACAUCCUGCCACCAGAGUCGUCUUCCCUGCGGAGGUGCGGAGGAUAAAAUCCUUUGCAUAUUCUGUCUAGCCGGACUCUUAGUGCCUUUUGUUUUUUUAUUAUUUUAUUAAAUUGUUGUUUGAAAAGCAGUCAGGUGAGAAACUUUUUCCUUCCUUUUUCCUGGCUUGAAGCCGCUCUUUGCAGCAAUACCACUUCUGACCACACGGAGGCAGCGUACAUGACGAACGUUCAUGUGUCAGCCCCUGGCGUAGAACUCCACAAGGUGGCAUUAUUGCAUGCAGCGGCUUUAGAUCUCACAUCUUUAUACGUAUCACAUACAGGGUUACCAAAGUCUGGAAACUAAAAAGUUUCCCAACUAAUCAUCAAUUUUCCGAUAAGGCUGCUUUUUAGUUUCUACUAAAGAAAGUGUUUCCACCUUUCUCCCGAAGACAGCAGAGGCCCCUGGGACCCCGGAUGUGAAGACGUGGGCUUGGACGGACGGACUCUUUCAGCCGGCUGCAACACAAAUGUGGAUGUGCGUAAA